AUGACCGAGAAUAAACUCUCCAGAGCCGCGCCCGUGCAGCUGCCGGUGAUCAAUAUCUCGGAAGCCACACCCACAGUAGGAAAGGCUAUGAUCGAUGCUGCGACUAAGAACGGUUUUUUUUACGUCGAUAGUUCCAGCAGUGAUUUCUCGAAUGCCGACGUGGAAAACGCGUUUGCCAUGGGGCGGGAUUUCUUUGCUUCUCCUUAUGAGGAAAAAGCUGCGGUUGCGAUUGGUACAAAUAAUAAGGGUUGGUCUGGAAUGCAUGCAGAAACGCUUGACCCCGAACAUCAACAGGCCUUGGCUAAGAAGCGUCGAUUCAGAGCCAUGAACAUUCACGAAUUCAAAGAAAACAAAGCCCAGCAGGAACUUCCCAAGUCCCUUGUUCCCCACGAAGCCGAGUUAGCUCGAUUCAUCGACUUAUGCCGAAAGACAUGUAAUCGGAUUCUCACUCUCCUCGCGAUAGGCCUAGAUAUCCCCGAAAACUGGUUCACGUCCCGGCACGAUCCCGUCCUGGGCCCCUCCGGCUGCACGUUACGCUUCCUCUACUACCCUUCAAUUGACUCGCCAGCCUCUUCGACCUUCAAGCACGGUAUUGACGUCCGUGCGGGCGCGCACAGCGACUACGGAAGCAUCACCCUCCUCUUCCAGCGAGAUGGGCAACCAGGGUUGGAAAUCCUUACGUCGACGGGAGAGUGGGCGCCUGUGCCUGUUCGGCCCAUUACUGAUGGUGGUGGUGGUGCCACUGCUGCUGGCAGUGGCAAAGGUGCGAUAUUUCCUCCAAUACUGAUAAACAUCGGUGAUCUCCUGAGCUACUGGACGGCCGGGCUAUUGAAGUCUACGGUGCACCGAGUUGUAUUUCCACAGGAGGACCAGCAGCAGCAGCAGGACAGAAGCGAUCGAAGUCGUGAUAGAUAUAGCAUAGCAUAUUUCUGUCAUCCAGUGGAUCACACAGAGCUUGUUCCUGUUCCUAGCCAGCUCGUUGAGGAGCGGAUAAAACAGAAUACGAUUGCGGCUAUAGGCCAGCGGCAGCGGCUGGGGAAUAGCAAUGAUGCUGGCGAUGCUGGGGAAGCCCCUCUGACUGCGAGAGAGCAUUUGGCUGGGAGAUUGGCGGCGACCUAUGGCGGAUCGAAGGAGGAAUAUCAGUGA